CAGACCGAGUAAUCUAAUCUAUAAAACCAUUUCAAAUCAUUCAAACAAAAAUAAACAUAAAAAUUCUCAAACUCAAUGGAUCUAGACCAAGACACAGACAAUGGUGGAAGAAGCUGUUGUAGCUGCUGCCUCAGCUUCAUCUUCACUGCUGGUCUCACUUCUCUCUUCUUAUGGCUCAGCCUCCGUCCCGACAAACCCAAAUGCUCCAUUGAAUACUUUUACGUUCCUGCCCUCAACAAAUCCUUAGAUGCACAUUCACGUCUCAACACCACUCUCAACUUUAUGGUUCGUCUCGCUAAUCCAAACAGAGACCAAGGCAUCUACUACGACGAUGUCCACCUUUCUUUCUCCAACACCAACUCCUCUGUUGCUAACUACACAGUGCCAAGAUUCUACCAAGGGCACAAGAAGAAAGCCAAGAAGUGGGGUCAGACUCUUCCUGUGAACAACCAGACGGUUUCACGAGCGGUUUUGACUAAUGGAUCGGCGGUUUUCCGGAUGGAUCUGAAGACGAGGGUGAGGUUCAAGAUUCUUUUCUGGAAAACCAAGAGGUAUGGUAUUGAAGUUGGUGCUGAUGUUGAAGUCAACGGAGAUGGAGUUAAAGCUCAUAAGAAAGGGCUUAAGAUGAAGAAAUCUGAUUCUUCUACUAGAUUAAGAAGCUAUUUUCCGAUUUGUGUUUUGAUGAAUCUGCUCGUGUUGUUUGUGAUUCGUUAGAUUCUUGAUUCUUGAUUCUUGAUUUUUAAUAGUUUUUCGAUAUUGUUGACUCAUUCUUAUGAGUUUUGUCGUGUGUUUGUUUAUAAAUUCGACCAGGUACUCAUUGAAUUAUUUAUUCCUAUUGUUUCAACGAUGUAUUAAUUAGUUUCUCUAUCAACAAAAUUCUUUUUUGAAAUUCAA